AGGCAGACUUCACAGCAGCAGCAGGAGCAGGAGCAGCAGCAGGCGGGCCGUGGUAGCUCACGCUACGCUCCCGUGCGCUUCGGCGGCCAGAAGUGAACUCCGUCUCGACUGUUUCCCACGGUGAACAAAGCAGGCAGUGAGAGCAGGAGACCACCGUGGUGGAGCGUGGUGCUGGUUUUCUUUGCAUCACGCGCCUUCCCUUCUUGAGUGCCCUGCGAUCCUGUGCAACGCCCCUCUACUCGGAUGCAAGCCCCCUGGAACUCAAUGGGACUUACUCCCAAGUAGGUGAGUCUGGAUUUCUGCCUUAGUUUCACUUUCCUUUUCCCCACCACCCGGAAGAGAGGGGCUCCUUCAGCUUUUGUUUCUGUUGCUGGAACUGACGAAAACGUCAAGUUCCCUCAACAUAACUUGUCAGAUGUCAAAAACUUGAAUCAUAACUUGAACAUGUCAAGUUCCUUGGACAGUGCAGCCCAGUACACGUGUACUCAAAAGUAAGUCUACUUGUUUUCAAUACAUACAUAAUUUUAUUUGUACUUCACCUAUCCACAGUUCAGACCAUGAUCAAGGCGGCUUACAACAUUAAAAAAUACAUAACCACAACAGUAGUCGUAACAGUAGUGAACUCAAAAGUAGUCAUAAACAAUAAAUGAAACAUUAAAAAAUACAAAACCAAACUGAACAAUUUACACAUAUAUCACAACCAAAUCUAAAAUAAAGAUACAAAACAACAACAACAAUGCUGUCCUUGAGGGACAUCAAGGCUUCAAAGGAGUCACAGAAUCAUAGAACUGUUGAGUUGGAAGGGACCACAAGGGUCAUCUAGUCCAACCCCCUGCAACGCAGGAAUCUUGUGCCCACGACUAUGAGAUUAAGAGUCUCAUGCUCCAUCCGAGUCAAAUUUUCCCAUCUCCUCUUUCUCAUCCCCUAGGCACCCAUACCAGGGUAGUGUGUAUCCUGGUUGUCCAGGACUGUUAACCCAGUCCUAUAGGCAAUGCACAUCCAUUUAGUCGCACAUUUGCAAACAACAAAUUAAUAUAAUUUCUGAGUUAACAUGCAAAGGAUUGAAUUGUUAAUGAAUUGAAAAAAACAAACAGUAAUAGUUUCCAAUUCCUUUACAACAAUAUAACUUACUGGGCCAGUCAGUCUAUUUUAGCCUGACCCAAUGCACAAAGUUGUGAGGACAAGGGGAAGGAACCAUGCGCAGUACUGUCCUGAGCCCCUAGCAGGAAGUGUGUGAUAAAUAAACUGGUGUAGCCUAGUGGUGAGAAUGUCACAUUAAGUCUGGAGGGGUCUGGGUUCAAAUCCCUACUUAAGGGAGCAAUCCGUCCUUCCACAUGUCAAAUGGUUGGGUGGAAGUGUCACUGUUUGCAUCCCUGCUGGCAGUAGCCAGCAAAAAGGGGGUGGGACUGGGGUCCACUGGAUCCCCUUGCUGCUGUCACACAAAAGCAUUGGGCCCAAUGUGGGCCUGAUGGUUGGGCCAAGUUCUACUGCCUCACCUUCCAACCCAGGCACCAUGCAUGGCAGGUCAAUUCUAGGCUCUGCAUGAGCUGUGAACUCACUGGGAGAGCUCUGGGCCUCAAUUUCCAAAGGUAAAAUGGGCAUGAACAGUGCUUUGUAAGGAUGACUGAAAUGCACCACAGAAGCAAUAACUGACAUAGCUCGAAGGAGUCAAAGCUGAAAUCAUUUAACUAUUUGGCAUGAGAUACAGGCUGUAAGAUGUAAACAAGACAGUUUCACUUGAUUCCUGUGGGACAAUCUCAGUAUUCCAGAAUAGAACUGAGGGAUACACACCAAAUUUUACGAUUAAAGGUAAAUACUAGUAAUCCUCCCUGCUCCCCAAAACCAAUGUUAAUUCCCCUUUAAUUGUUAGGACGGGCCCUCAAAUAACAAGUCCCAGUUGGCAUUGCCUAAGCUCUGGGUAACAAAUCUUACGAAUUCUGUAUCAUUUCCAAUUCACAUUCCUGUAGCUCAGAGCACGCAAAACAAUUGUAUUCCGAUAGAAUACAGUGACCGUUAUUUCUGGAAAGGAAGAAAUUCCCUCUCAUGUUACAAUAGUGGGAACUAAUUAGGAAAGGAUCAGCAAAACGAGAGCUAAAUCAAGCUUCAGAAUUGAUGGCACAAUUAUUUCUCAAAAGGAAAGCUUUUAUUAAGUAGAACUCAGUAAUUGUGCUUGUAGCAACUGUAAAGAGCCUAACACUGCCCUCAACAGUCCAAUUCAGUUCAAAGGGGGGAAAGCUGCUCUUAAUAUUAUACAUCGUCCAUCUCAAGCUAGUUAUAAAAAUAAAAUUGCAUAAUGUUGCAGGUGGUUCAUAUUUUUUCCUGAGGUCUCAAGUGCUGAACAAUACACUCAAUACCUUACUUAAUCCUGUCCUAAAUAACAUGCAAGUUCUUAAGCGCGACACUGUUUGUUUGUAUCCAUAGGUGGCGCUAAAAAUAUGCAACAAAGAAAAAUCCAUUGUUUAUUGCGGCAGAUUUCAUUGCAAGCAUAGAAUUCAACAAGUCGUUUUUUGAAAUUCUCUCUGUAUUUUGCCCAAUGAAUCAAAGGGAGCCUUUUCAAGGUAGACAGAGAGGUUCCAAAGGAAACAAUACGAAUGGUGAAUCACAUAACACCUCUGGAAACCAGAACGUAGUAAACACUGGUAAAACACUGAGUCAAUCCCAUAACUGCUUUGGGUUUUGUUUUUUUAAAAAAAACAACAACCAAACCACCACCUAAGGAAGAGAGAAGAAUUAUAACAUAAAAUGCCACAAGAUAUUUUGUGUUCUUAUAUUGUGAUUUUAUGUUGUAACUGCCCUGAGACCUGUGGGUAUAGGGUGGCAUAACAAAUAUAUAAAAUAAAACAAAACAAGAAUAAAGAGGACAACACAAAAGCAAUUCAUUUCAAUCAGAUUAUUCCUAAACUCCUCUUCCAAGGACCCUUUGGCAGGAGCUGGUACACAAAGGGAGGCAGUAAAAUUUUCUGGUGUACACUGGGACAGGUUUGCCAAUUGCCUUGAAAGGAAAACCUAUUAUUAUCUUUCACGUUUAUUUGGAAUGAGAGAUCACUUAGGACAGGCAUUGUACUGUUGUUGUUGUUGUUUAGUCGUUUAGUCGUGUCCGACUCUUCGUGACCCCAUGGACCAGAGCACGCCAGGCACUGCCUCCCGCAGUUUGGUCAGACUCAUGUUUGUACCUUCAAGAACACUGUCCAACCAUCUCGUCCUCUGUCGUCCCCUUCUCCUUGUGCCCUCCAUCUUUCCCAGCAUCAGGGUCUUUUCCAGGGAGUCUUCUCUUCUCAUGAGGUGGCCAAAGUAUUGGAGCCUCAGCUUCAGGAUCUGUCCUUCCAGUGAGCACUCAGGGCUGAUUUCCUUCAGAAUGGAUAGGUUUGAUCUUCUUGCAGUCCAUGGGACUCUCAAGAGUCUCCUCCAACACCAUAAUUCAAAAGUUGUGUUACUAACAAGAUAUAAAUCUAAGAGUUACAGCUUAAAGUUGCAGUUCAUGUUAUAAAUAUGCCAUAGAUUUUAUUAAUGAUCAUUUGUUUUCUUGCUUGUUUUCUUGUCUGAAGAAUGUUAUGGGAAUAGAAAGGACACCCCUUCACACCUAUGUAUCAAAACUUCAUUGUAAUCAGAAUAUUUUUCUUCAAAACAUGUGUCUGCUUGUGUGUGCAUGCACAUACGUCUUCAUGGUUCUCAUCAACUAAAACAAAUAGGAAAUAAGAGUCCAAGGCAUCCAGGAAUUAUAGCUGCUAUAAUUCAUUUUGAACUACUUGAUGUGAUUUCAUUAACAUGCUGCUGCAUUUCUCCUCCUACAGGCCUGUGGUCAAUGUGGAGUGCUGAAAGUCACCAGUAAAAACAUUUAAAGUAUCUUCAUGCACGAUGGUAGAUGAAAGAAGUUCAGUCACCAACCAUUUCCUUAGUGCCUUCCUCCUUGCAAUAAUCUUCUGGAAUAACAUCCAAUGUUCUGCAGGGAAAGGAUUGAUUAUGGACUUUUCCAACAGAUUUCUAGUUAAAGUACCUAAGAACCUUCCAGCACAAAUGACAGUGUUGGAUUUGUCAUAUAACAGUAUCUCUGAACUUCAGAUUUCAGAUUUCAGUUCUUCUUCUAAGCUCCAGGUACUAAUUCUUUCUCAUAAUCUCAUUGGAAAGCUGAACUUCAGUGUCUUCCAGUACAAUGAAGACUUAGAACAUCUAGAUCUAUCCUAUAACAACUUGCAAAGUCUUUCUUGUCAUCCUGUUACAAGUCUCAGGCAUCUAGAUCUCUCUUACAAUAACUAUGUAGACAUGCCCACAUGCCCGGAAUUUAGCAAAAUGUUGAAGCUGGAAUAUCUUGGCCUCAGUGCUAGAAGAAUUCAGAAAUCAGAUUUCAGUGUUCUUGCACAUUUACAACUGGAAACUCUGUUCUUAGGCCUAGAAGACCUCUCUGAAUAUAUCCAUGGAAAUCUUCCAGUGUUCAAUGCAAGGAGCCUUCAGAUUAUAUUCCCACCAAACAAUGAUUAUCAAGUAUUGCCAGAUCUAGAAAUCAAUGUAACAGAAAGUUUAGAGCUGUCAAAUAUCCAAGAAACACAAGUCAAUGACUUAAGAACUUUCCUGCUGAAACUUAACAAAAACUCAACAUUACUAAACCUAACACUGAACAAUAUACAAUGUGACUGGGAAGACUUCAUUGAAAUUCUUCAGACUGUAUGGGAAUCAACCAUUGAAUAUUUUGUUAUAGCCAAUGCAUCACAGUUGGAAGCUCCAAAUUCAAUAGAGUUUAAUUAUACAAAAACUUCACUCAGAGCUUUGACAAUUAAGCAGACUACAUUGACUACAUUUCGUUCUGAUGCAAAAUAUCUGUUGCAAUUGUUUUCGGAGAUGAACCUUACAGCCUUGACCAUUUCUGAUGCAGGUUUGAUACACAUGCUUUGCCCUUCAAACCCCAGUCAUUUUACUUACUUAUGUUUUUCAAAUAACAGUUUUACAGACACCGUUUUUCAAAAUUGCAAGGACUUAAUGUUCCUUGAAAAGCUCAUUUUAAAAAGUAAUCAGUUCAAAAAACUUGUCAGAGUAAGUUUAAUGACCAGUCACAUGGCAUCUUUGAAAUAUUUGGAUAUGAGCCUGAAUUUAUUGCAAUAUGAAGACCAUGAGAAUAACUGUGACUGGGGUAAAAAUCUGGUUGAAUUAGAUUUGUCAUUUAAUAAGUUGUCUGAAUCAGUCUUUCGAUGUCUGCCAGUCAAUAUACAAAUGAUUGCUCUUCAAAACAACCAGAUUUCAAGCAUUUCCAAAGAGCUUAUAGAGCUGAAUGCUUUAGAAGAAAUAAAUUUGGCAUCCAAUAAACUAGGUAGUAUGCCUGGAUGUGGUCAGUUUAGAAAUCUGAGGUUCCUGAAUAUAGAAAUGAACUCUGUUGUCUCACCAUCUUCUGAAUUCUAUCAGACGUGUCAAGGCAUCAAACAGCUAAAAGCAGGACACAAUCCAUUCACGUGUACCUGUGAAUUAAGACAGUUCAUCAGUCUUCAAAAGCAAGGAUCUAUGGAGUUGGUUGGUUGGCCUGACGCUUAUGCGUGUGAGUACCCAGACUACUUAAGGGGGACCCUUUUAAAGGACUUUCACGUCUCUGAAGUUGUUUGCAACGUGAGUCUUCUGAUUACGAUAGUUAUAAUUAUUACUGUGGUCUUAGUAGCCACUGUUUCCUUCCUCUGCAUCCGCUUUGACGUUCCAUGGUAUUUGAAAAUGAUGUGGAAGUGGACUCAAGCAAAACAGAGGAUUCGGAAGAGUAAUCCUGAAGACAUGCUCCCCAACAUAGAGUUCCAUGCUUUUAUCUCCUAUAGUGAGCACGAUUCUGAGUGGGUGAAAAACGUAUUGAUUCCAAACUUGGAGAAGGAGGAUGGCUCCAUACGGAUCUGCCAGCACGAGAGGAACUUUGUUGCAGGCAAGAGCAUUGUGGAGAAUAUCAUAGACUGCAUUGAGAAAAGUUACAAGUCCAUCUUUGUGUUGUCUCCUUACUUUGUGCAGAGUGAAUGGUGUCAUUAUGAGCUCUACUUUGCCCAUCACAAGUUAUUCAGUGAAAAUGCCGACAGUUUAAUCCUGAUUGUGCUGGAACCAAUCCCUGCAUACAUCAUUCCUACCAGGUACCACAAACUGAAAGCUCUCAUGGCCAAGAGAACGUACUUGGAGUGGCCAAAGGAGAAAAGCAAGCAUGGACUUUUCUGGUCUAAUCUUCGGGCAGCCAUUUACGUUAAACUGUCCAGCAACGAAGAAGAGAGAGCAUUUUCACGGAUUUAAAUUUAUAUUAAAAUAAUCAUAUGCAGAUUUCAUUAUAUCAGUAACAUUCAUGUUGUAUGGCAUGGGUAGGCAAACUAAGGCCUGGGGGCCAGAUGCGGCCCAAUUGCCUUCUAAAUCCAGCCCGCGGACGGUCCAGGAAUCAGCGUGUUUUUCCAUGAGCAGAAUGUGCCCUUUUAUUUAAAAUGCAUCUCUGGGUUAUUUGUGGGGACUGCCUCGUGUUUUUACAUGAAUAGAAUGUGUGCUUUUAUUUAAAAUACAUCUCUGGGUUAUUUGUGGGUGUUAUGUACUGAGUUGAAUAGGAUCCAAACUGCAGCAGUCUGAUUGGUCCUAGAACAAUAGGAUUCAGAAUGCAGCAGUCUGAUUGGUCCUAGAACAAUGCAGCAGUAUGAUUGGUUAGCAGGAACCACCCAAUCAUGCUCCAGAUAGAAGUGAAUCCACAACCUGAUUGGCUUACAGUAGAAUUACGGAAUUAGCCAAUCAUGUGCAGCCCAUUGUGUAAAUAAUGUAUAUAAAGCAGAUACUUUGAGGGGACAUUCAUUCGUUCCUCCUCACCACUAUGAGCUGAAUAAAGAGCAUGAAAUCACUUUGCGACUCUGAGUAUAUUUCAGUGGGGCAUAGGAAUUCGUUCAUUUCCCCCACCUCCUAAUAUAGUCUGGCCCCCCACAAGGUCUGAGGGACAGUGGACUGGCCCCCUGCUGAAAAAAUUUGCUAACCCCUGUUGUAUGGUUGAAUAAUCAUGUUAAGCUUCCAAACAAUGAAGAAGUUGUUUAGAGUUGUAGCAUUAAAGUCAGUUUUCAUUGAGCUGAAUUUAUAUAAAAAUAAACAGAUCUGCUGGUAUGAGAAGAACUUUUGUGCACCCAUGUACUGUUGAAAAUAUCAGAGACUGCUUUUGUGAAUAGUUAGUCUUUGUGCUGUCUUCCAAUUUUGUGCAUUGUGAAUGCCUAUCAAAAAAGUACCAGUAUUUACUGAAAACGCUCAUUUUGUUAGAACGUAUCCCUACAUAUAUAAUUCCUGCCAGGUAUCACAUACUAAAAGCGGACAUUACAAAGGGAGCCCACUUAGACCAAGCAAGGGAGAUUAGGAAGCAUAGAGUUUUAUUUGUCCAUAUUAAGACAGGAAUUCAUAUUAAGCUUGCUGUAUUUAUGCUUUCAUAGUUAUUAUACCUAUAAUAACCUUAAUAUAGCCUAGCUGUAGGAAACCAGCUAUUUUUAAAAAUAUGAAAGUGUCAUAUAAUGGUCAGACUAUUCAUCUAUCUACCCCAGUAUUGUCUGCUCUGACAGCCUUUGGCUCUCCAGGGUCCCAGGCAGAUACUCUUUCCUAUCAUCCACUGCUUGAUCCUUUUAGCUGCCAAUGCCAGGGACUGAUUCUGGGGCUUUCUGCAGGCAAAAUAUUUAUUUAUUUAAUGCAUUUCUAUAUUACUCUUCCAUUAAAAAUCUUCAUACCAUUUUACAAUCACCAAUAAAAUCUAAUAAAUAAAUAAAUAAAAGGCAGCACUAAAAACAACCACAGCAGGCUAAAAGCCUGGUAAACCUUAAGUCUUUACCCUUGCACUUAAACUCGUUUGAGUUCACUUACGCAUUCUCGAAGGAGAGAUUCAGCCACCUUUUGGGAAAUAGUUGCAAAGAGAUGGCAAGACUCCCCCUCCGAAGUGGAAUACUCCAUCCCUGUUGGGACUUGGGAGUCAUACUUCCAAUCCCUAUACACAAUCAACAUCUACAGGCUCAGUCCCUACCUCUUAAGUGAAACCAGGGCUGAGAAGCCCCCGGUGUCAACUGAAGAAGCCCGCAGGCUUAUUCAGUCUCUUAAACCUGGCAAACCUCCUGGCGCAGGCAAUAUCUCCCCUGAGCUCCUCAAGGCCAAUGCUUAAUGGUGGGCCCGAGUGCUUGCUGCCGUUUAUCAGCAUAGAUCAAUCGGCUACCAUCCCAGAGGACUGGGGACUAGCAAUCAUCUUCCCAAUAUACAAGAAAGGGAGCAGGUUUGAUCCUGCUAAUUAUAGACCAAUUAUAUUCUCCUAAGCAUUAUUAGUAAACUCUGUGCUGCCCACUUACAUAAUAAACUUGAGGAUUGGAUUGAGCGAGAAUAUGUCCUUUCAGAAGCACAUGCUGGUUUCAGGGCAAACCAACCAACCAGCUUUAGAUCAAGGCCUAGUACUCCAACAUCUUGCGGAAAAAUAUACCUCAAGAAAAGGAGGAUCCCUCUAUGCAGCUUUCAUCUGCCUUUGAUAUAAUAUCACGAGAUAGGCUUUGGGAAAAACUAAGUGCCUCAAACAUAGACAGACAUCUACUGCGUCUCAUCCACAGCUUAUACGAAAACAUUUGGGUCCAGGUUAACAUUCAAGUCCAGGUGUGACCGACAGGGCCAUUUAUCUAAGGAAAUACAAACCUACCAUGGUGUUAAACAAGGCUGCGUCCUUGCUCCCAUUUUAUUCAACUUCUAUAUUAACUCCUUAGUAGGAAACAUGGAGAAAGAAAAUGCCCAUCCCCCUAAAUUGGCUGGUACGCCCCUCCCGGUUCUCUUGUACGCAGAUGACACAGUUCUAAUUUCCUUCUACUGUGUGGGCCUAAGAAAACUUUUAAGAUCUCUCACAACCCAUUGCAAAGCCGAACAAUUAACAAUCAGCUACACUAAAUCCAAAGUCAUGGUGUUCUCUAAAAAAAAAUGAGACACAAAUGGAGAAUUGAUAAUUGACCCAUAGAACAGGUAUCGUCUUUUAAAUACCUGGGCAUAGCCUUUCAGGAAAAGGGGUCGUGGCAUUACCAGGUUAAAAAUACUAUUGCAAAUGCCCAAAGAUCUACCAAAGCCCUCAUAAGGUAUUUAUAUGGAAAAGGGGGCCAAUAUAUUCCGGCAGCCUCUCAGGUCUUUGUUACAAAAGUAUUAACACAGCUGACACACGGCUCCCAGAUUUGCAGCUUCCUAAAUCUUGGUCCCUUAGAAUCCUUCCAAACUAAGUUUUAUCACUGUUAGGGAUCCCUUCUUGCGUGUCUAACAUAGCUGUCCGCUUGGAGGUUGGGCAAAUCUCUGUCAGCGCUCAGAUAUGGACCCUGAAGAUCCAUUAUUGGUUAAAACUUAUUUUUCCCCCUGUCAGGUUGGCACCUGUAACCCUACUGGAUUCCUACCAAUCCAAAUGGAAAACUACACUGCACGAAAAGCUAAGAUGCUUGGGGUUUUCCCCACAGGCCCUGAUAGCUGUAGGUUAUGAGAAAGCUAGAGCAAUAAUCCACCAACUAAUUUGAGAUGUAGAACUACAAUGCCAUGUGAGUGAGAUGAAUAAACACCCAGCAAUAAAAGACAAUGGGAGAGGGUUCACCUCAGCAAUAUAUCUGUCCAAAUUACAAAUACCUAAAUACAGACGGUCGUUUACCCUCGCCAGGUUCAACGUGCUGCCAUCUGCCUUAUUGCAGGACAGAUUCAAGGGCAAACCAUACGCGGAAUGAGUCUGCCCCUGCGGCUUGAUGGAGGUAGAAACUGUCUCUCAUAUCUUGUUACACUGCCGUUUCUCCGGGGAUAUACGCUCGGUAUUUAUCAACCGUUAUACAAAAGUCUCCAAAUGGGUCCAAACUUCAAUGUCUAAAACUCCUGGUAGAGGACAAGGAUCCAGAGGUCACACUAAGGGUGGCCAAAUACUGUGUGACCGCCAUAAAACUUAGGGAACAAGCUGUACUACCAAAAUGAUUAAGGUUUUAAAUAAAAAUUUUAGGUUAUAGUUUAGUGAUUAAGAUUUAACUUAAAUAUUUUUAACUGCUGCUAUAUCUGUAUUGUCCCUGUUAUACCCAAUUGCAAUUCAAUGUAUCCCUAUCGUGCUUUAUGAUUUUCCUGAUAUUGUAAGUGAGCCAGAACUGGUCUGUGACCGUAAUAAUAAAUUGAUUGAUUGAUUG